AGAAGAAAAAAGGAAGAAGGAAAGCAGGAAAAAGGGUGGAGGAAGCAACAAAAAAUAAACAAUAAAGGAAAUAAAAAAGGCCUCGGGAUUUUUUUUUUUUUAAUUUUCCCCCUGUUUUGAUGGACACGCGCGAGACCGUGGUUUGCGGUGGAAAUGGGUUAGACUGGGAUUAGACAUGACGUGGAGCUAGAAGAGGAAAACAUUGAAAAGAUGUCAGCUCCAGAGAUGCCGGACCUAAGCCACCUGACCGAAGAGGAGAGGAAGAUCAUCCUCUCGGUCAUGGAUCGACAGAAGAAAGAAGAAGAGAAGGAGCAGUCCACGUUGAAGAGGCUGCAUCAGCAGUUUGAGAUGUAUAAGGACCAGGUGAAUAAGCUCGGUGAUGAGGCUCAGAAGAAUCAGAUUCAGAAGAGCGACUCUCCCACCUGUGGGAUUUGCCACAAAACCAAAUUUGCAGACGGCUGCGGCCGCGUGUGUUCUUAUUGCCAAACCAAGUUCUGUGCUCGUUGCGGCGGCCGAGUGUCUCUGCGCUCCAACAAGGUAAUGUGGGUGUGCAACCUGUGCCGAAAACAACAAGAAAUCCUCACCAAGUCCGGAGCCUGGUUCUACGGAGGUGCUGAGGGCCGAACGUUAGGACCCGAAGUCAAAGGUCAUCAAGACUCGUCUGGAUUAGCUGUGAAAAACGCUACAGUUCCAGUAAACAGGAGAAGAAGCCCAUCAGCGUCCAGGACCCACAAAGGGGACGGCUUAGGAAGAUCUUAUCAUGGGGACGGAGUCAUACGUAGAUCUCCGUCCGACUCGAACCGCUGGCGUUACCAUGACCCCCAUUUGGACGUUCAGAUGAACGAUCGUGAGCUCCAGAGGCAGCGUGAAGAGGAGUAUCGUUCGCGGUACCGCAGCGACCCCAACCUCGCACGGUACCCUGUUAAACCACAGCCCUACGAGGAGCAGAUGCGAAUCCACGCUCAGGUUUCUAGAGCACGGCAUGAACGGCGCCACAGUGACGUUUCCUUGGCCUUCACUGAACUCGACGAGGCUCACAACGGUUACGGCGGCCAGCGCACCGCGUCGACGCGCUCAUAUUCAAUGGACAGAAGCUCGGCGGCUCACAGGACGUUCAGUAAAACACACCAUCUGGAUCCUGGCAUGAUCGAUGGUGUGUUGAGGACCGACUCGCUCAGCUCAGAUCAGUCAGAGUCCAUGAGACCUGCAAGGAGCCACAGAGCAGGGCGGUUCAUGGCGGCGGGGAGCUUCAGCAGUUCGGAGGAGGAGAUAAACACCACACCGGAGUACACCAGCUGUGAGGACGCAGAGCUCGAGUGUGAAUCCUUCGGUGAAAAAGGAGAUAUGGACGGCCACUGGUGGGAUUAUGCGUCUUGGCAUAACGAGUCCUCGUCUGUGUCUAUGCACCCGGUGACGUGGCAGCCGUCCAAAGAUGGAGAUCGGUUAAUCGGGAGGAUUUUACUGAACAAGCGGAUGAAGGACGGCACGGUGCCCCGAGACACGGGAGCUCUUCUGGGCCUCAAGGUGGUUGGAGGGAAAAUGACUGAAUCUGGUCAGCUUUGUGCUUUUAUUACCAAAGUGAAAAGAGGAAGCUUAGCAGAUACAGUUGGCCAUCUCCGACCAGGUGAUCAGGUUCUCGAGUGGAACGGCAGGGUUCUUCAGGGAGCCACGUUUAAGGAAGUUUAUAAUAUUAUUCUUGAUUCCAAACCUGAGCCUCAGGUUGAGCUUCUGGUCUCGCGGCCCAUUGGUGAUGUACCCAGGAUAUCCGACAGCACACACGGACAGCUUGAAUCCAGUUCGAGCUCGUUCGAAUCGCAGAAGAUGGGUCCGUCCAUAUCCGUCACAUCUCCCAUGAGUCCCGGCGUGCUCCGUGAUGCUCCUCAGCAUCUGUCCGGACAACUCUCAAGUCCAUGCCUUAAUAGAAGAACAACGCCUUUUGUCCCUAGGGUCCAGGUUAAGCUGUGGUACGACAAAGUGGGCCACCAACUCAUCGUCACCAUUCUAGGCGCCAAAGACCUGCCGGGUCGAGAGGAUGGGCGUCCCAGGAACCCCUACGUCAAAAUCUAUUUCCUUCCUGACAGAAGUGAUAAAAGCAAGAGAAGAACGAAAACAGUGAAGAAGUCGCUGGAACCUAAGUGGAGCCAGACGUUCAUGUACUCGCCCGUGCACAGGCGCGAGUUCAGGGAGAGAAUGCUGGAGAUCACGCUGUGGGACCAGGCACGGGUUCGGGAGGAGGAGAGCGAGUUCCUUGGAGAGAUUUUAAUCGAGCUGGAGACGGCCCUGUUGGACGAUCAGCCUCACUGGUAUAAACUCCAAACCCAUGAUGUUUCCUCCAUGCCACUGCCCAACCCUUCACCGUACAUGCAGAGACGCUUCAUCCAGGGAGAGAGUCCAACACGGAGACUGCAGAAUAAAGGCUCGUAUUAUCACGGCCCAGGAUCACAGCGAAUCAGUGACAGCGAGUUUUCCGAUUACGAGGACGGAGUCGGCGUCAUAUCAGAUCACCGGCACAAUGGCAGAGAGUUCCAGAGCUCCACCCUGUCCGUUCCCGAGCAGGUCAUGUCGUCCAAUCACCGCUCUCGAUCAGACGUGAUGCGCAAUCGCUCUCGUUCUCCGAGCGUUCCUCCUCCUCACAGUCGGAGUUUAGACCACGGCGUCAGAGGACCGGUGCAUUACGGACCUCGGCAUCGACUCUCAGAAGAUCAAUAUUCUCCCGAUAGAAGCUCAGUCACUCACCCUCAUCGAGUCCGAACCAGAUAUCACACCAUCGAUACGCCUUUCCAGGACCACAGUAACUUAUACCCACUCUAUCGGGAAGACGCCCUGAAGUUGUUGCGCUCAGCUAAGACGACCCGCAGCUACUCUCACAGGGCUUAUGGUAGUUUGGAGAGGAGGAUGAGGAGCGAUAGAAGAAUGUCUCUCUACAGCGACUCAUAUCAAUCUCCAGAGAGGCAUUACAACAGUCCCAAUCACGUUCCCUCACCAUGGCCUAAUCAUCUCACCAACGGAUCUGCUGAUGAGUACAGGAACUUCCCCAAGAUUGAAAUUGAGCCUUCUACAGAUGCAGAAAGAGAGGAACAGAUACCAGAGUUCCCAGCUAGCCACCAAGUGUUUGAGGAGGAUCUGAGGUACGCUCGCGUCGCGGCGGACAGACAUUACAGGUCGAGGUCAGCUGACCAGCGGCCCAUGAUGGAAAGACACUUCUACACCCGUUCUCGCUCGUCCGAGCGUCCCGAACCGUCCUACAUGAGGUCCAUGCCGUCUUUACCCUCCAGGAGAUCUGCCCCUCCUUCUCCUGCCCUAACGAGGGCGAAUCCUCGGGCCGGGUCGCUCCAAACGAGUCCCCUGGGCACGCCGGCGUCCGCACGCAGGGGCCGACAAUUACCGCAGGUCCCCCCGAAGGGCUCCAUUGACCGGAAUAAUGGAGAGGGCGUGGCAGAGCCUUACGAAGAGGUGACGUGGGAGGACCAGCAGAAAAAAGUCUCUGGCUCGGGGGAGACGAUAACAGAGAACGGAGAUGCAGGUUCUCUGAAGGAUCCAUCCAGGCGGGGAAUGGACAGCCUGUCCAUGAAGUCCUCGGACAGCGACGUCAGCGACGUCUCCGCCAUGUCCAGCACGUCUCGGCUCAGCAGCGCCAGCUACAUGUCCGUCCAGUCGGAGAGAGCGCGGGCCGCUCGCAAAAUCAGCCGUGGCGAGGCUGUCCAGCAGAGUCAGUCUCAGGGGGAGGAGAGUGUAAUGGGGAGAGAAGCUAGUGUAGAAGGAGGAGAAAAUGAAGAAGAAAGAGAGAAGGAGAAUGGAGUAGAGGAGGCGGAGCCUGACAGGGCUCAGACAGCGACUCCUGGCUCCAACAUCACCAAGAGCUCCAGCGUAGGAGGGGAAAUGUGCUCGCUCGGCAGGAACGACGACGACGAGGACGACAAGAAGAGACGCUCCAGCUUCGGGGCCAAGAUGGCCGCCAUGGUGGGUCUGGGCAAGAAGAGCCAGAGCACAUCACAGCUGGAUCCAGAGGACGAUGGGAAGAAGAAGAAACCGGCACGUUUGGCCAUUCAGAGGAGUGUAGAGACGGGUUUGGCCAUCGAAAUGAAGAGCAGGAUGACACGGCAGCUGAGCAGAGACACGGCUGAGGAGGGGGAGAAGCUCAAACCCGGAAAUCUUAUUUUCCCCGGCGUAAAAAUCUCAAGAGACAGUCAGUUCACAGAGUUCCUGGAUGGUUUAGGCCCCGCCCAACUUGCUGGGAGACAGACCCUGGCCACACCCCCAAUGGGUGACAUUCAGAUCGGCAUGGUGCACAGGAAAGAGCGUCUGGACGUGGAGGUGAUUCGUGCUCGAGGUCUGGUGGGAAAACCGGGCAACAAACAGACUCCAGCUCCGUACGUGAAAGUGUAUUUACUGGACAACGGGAAGUGUGUAAACAAGAAGAAGACGCGUCUGGCAAGGAAAACACUGGACCCUCUGUAUCAGCAGCAGCUGCAGUUUGAGGAGAGUCCUGAGGGAAAAGUUUUACAGAUCAUCGUGUGGGGGGAUUACGGCCGUAUGGACCACAAGUCGUUCAUGGGAGCAGCUCAGAUCCUGCUGGAUGACUUGGAGCUCACAAACAUGGUGAUCGGUUGGUACAAACUGUUCCCCCCCACCUCGCUGGUGGAUCCGACGCUGGCCCCUUUGAGCAGUAAAGCUCCUGAAAGAGCAGCCGGGAAAUCAAGCGUUCGCUCAUAACGGCACCGAGACGUCCUCUGCAUGCUUCACGCUGCGUCCCGCGGGAAAACCGAGAGCAAGAACGUGUCGCCUUCUUCCUGCUGCCAAAAGACAAACAAGGAAAUGAGGAGACACAGGAGACGAGCAUUUGGGGUCGAGUAUCAUUAAUGACUGACAGACAGACAGAGAGAAGACAGACAGACAGACAGAAAGAAGACAGACAGACAGACAGACAGACAGCUCAGAGGUCCCAGACAGAAGAAGACAAAUAGCAUUGUGUCUGGUUAAACAAAAGAGAUCGUUUUGGGAUGGAAAGUCUCCAACCUUGGGCUGAUUUGUCUCCUUUUCACACGGAUGACAGUGCGAUUCCUCCUCAGCUUCGGAAGUCUGUCAAGAAAGGAGAAGAAAAAAAACCUACAAAAAGCCAUGUGGACCAAAAAAGGAGAAGAGAGAGGUAUGGUGGAGCUCCGAAAAUCCAAAACAUCGUACGUGUCUGCUUCUCCCGAUGAAGCAAAAUGACCCUCUGUGAGGACGAAGAAAACAAACAAACAAAAAACCCCAAAAGGUCCUGUUUUUGAACGAGAGAUGAUGAACUUGUUCUGUUUCAUGUCAGUGUUUUUUUUACUCCAGAAGUUUGGAGGAAAAAAAAAAAAAAAAACGCACAAAAGCAAAUGAACAUUCAUUACAAAAGGAUGAAUCCAGAACAAUAUAAAAAUAAAGCCAAUUUCGUUCGAGGUCAAGAGAAUGAUGGCGACCGUAAGGUUUUAAAUGAUGUUCUGUUUCAUAUGCAAAAGGAACUCUGUGUUCUCCAUGCUCAGGUUGGGAUGGAGGGUAAAAAAAACACACACACACAAAAGCCAUGAGUGAACUACCAAGAGAAAAAGAACGUGAGAAGAAGCUGAGAAGGACAUCUGAAGCCUUACUGCACUUCCUCAAGAUUCGAAACGAUUCAUCAUUUAAAAAAAAUAUUUUUUAAACAAAUAAUAAAAAAUGAACGAGGGAACUCCUUUGCGCUCGGGUACGAUGCUAUUUUCAGUGAUGUACUGUAUUAAAGUCAUGAGAAACA